AUGGCUAGUGAUCCCAGAGGCCGGGGGCAUGGCUUCAGAACGGCACCUUUUCCUCCAGAAACAAGGGCUCCUUGGACAGACACAGAGAACCAUCAUCACCCAGCAGAUCCUUCCUGUGCCCAGUACUACUGCCCGGUGUCAGGUGGGAACCACAGCUUCAGGCUGCUGCUGGAAGAAACUGUUUUCCAGGCUUUGAACGAAGAGCCUCAGCUCAGAGGGCCGGGACCUGUCCACAACAUCCUGCCAGAGGCAGAAGAUAGUCUCCCCUGUCUCCCCUUUCCAAAAAAGCUGUGGAGAAUCGUCAACAGCAACCAGUUUGCAUCAAUUUGGUGGGAGGAAGGUGGGACUUGUAUAGUGAUUAAUGAAAAACUGUUUCAAAAGGAGGUCCUGGAAAGGGAAAGCCCUAACAAAGUGUUUCAAACAAACUGUAUGAAUAGCUUCAUCCGCCAGCUAAACCUCUAUGGCUUUAGCAAAAUGCGUCAGAACAUUCGCAUAUCAUUCUGCCUCACCAAUGUUUUCAUCCUGGAAGGACCAGUCUAUGUCAAGAGCAAGGUAAUGAAUGACAAACCUUCUAAGAGGCUAAGUCAGUGGGAUCUGGGGUUGGGUCGGGUGGAUGUGUCAGGACUGCCUCGUGGGAUUUGGGUGACCUCGGGCGGGUACCGAACUAUUCCUUUACCUGUUCCUUUUCUGCAUGGUGGUGACAGUAAUUUAAGAGUUAAUGGCAUGGGGGUGGAGGGCGUUGCUGAGAAUGGUGCCAGUCCAUCUGGAGUGUGUAAAAGAUUACAGUUGCUGUUCUACUGCAAUCCCUACUUCAAAAGAGACUCCCCUCACCUCCUUGUGAGGAUGAAGAGAAGGUUGGGUGUUAAAUCUGCAUUAAGGCAGAAGGGAAGCCAGCCAGAAGCUCUGGAAUCCCCUGUAGCACUUACAGCCACCGAGCGACAGGAUCCAGCAUCUCCAAAUGAGGAUAAUGAAGAGAUACCAAAGAGCCAAGAACUUGACAGUCCUGCCACCCAAGUCAGGAGUGACUCUGCUCUGCAAGGAACUCUUGUAACAGUGCCCGAGCCCACCAAGGCAAGUGACGAUGCUCCAGUAACCCAGCCAGCCAUCAGGCAGCCGGAAAGCAGCCAGAGCCACAUUACUCAGUUGGGGGAUAUCACUGCGCCUGCCGAGCUCCCCUUCGUCCCCUUCACCAUACCUUCAACCCAUAUGGAUUUCUAUAGGCCAGUGAUGGGUGUUCCUGCCUUGCCCCCCAGGAUUCUCAGCGUGCACACUGCACAGCUUCCUUUGCCUGGACUGCUGCCUUUCGGCCAUCACUGGGUGGCUGUGCCCGCCGUGGCUCCUGGGCCUAUUGCCUUCAUGUCCAUGUUGCCUCUACCCCCAACACCAGUCUACUGCUGUCCCCACUGCCAUUGUGUGUUAGAACUCAUGCCAGCCACUAGCAGGCCCCAGGGGUACCCAGAGCAUGCAGACUACCACGGGUAA